AUAUUUACUCAACAAACAAAACAAAGCCAACAAGAAAUGGCCAACACUGGCACGCCCAGGGCAGCCUCCACAGAUGCAGACGCUUUGGAGCUGCAGCGGCUGAUCUCCCGCAGCUACAAAUCGAUGAACAAACUGGUUCACUUCUACAAUGGCCAGCUGCAACAGGAGCUGAGCUCGCUGAUGAGCUCCAUGCAGGAGGAGCGGCUACCGGCGCGCAGCAUCAGUGAACAUAGCUCGCAGCUGACGGAGGCACUCGACCUGAAGUGUUUGGCUGGCUUCAAUAGGCUAAGCCAUUACGUAAUGAUGCGGCCCAGUUGCAGCAGUCUCGAUUUGCAUGGCACGCCCUCACUGAGGCAACUCUAGGUACAGCAGAACUGAUUCAUAGAGCUGGCACACGGCAUACGGCUCGCAAAGAAAUGGCUUCGAAGCGCUUUGCAGCACCUAACGAGCUCUUGCCCAUCCGCUGACGCUUGUUCACUUUGUAAACGAGUUUUCCAUAUGAGUAAAUCAUUUUAUUAUCAUAGCAUUUCAUCAAUUUAAGCGAAUAACACACUGUUCUAAAUAUUUGGGCUA